AUGGGUCUUCCUAUGGAUCGAUUUGUUAAUCCAGUCGAUGAAAAUCUUAUAUGUAGUAUUUGUCAUGGUGUAUUCAUUAUUCCUGUAGUUACCGAAUGUGGUCAUACAUUUUGUGCAAAUUGCUUAAAGAUAUGGUUGAAUUCUAAGUCGGAUCAUUUCAAUCACUUUACAGUCAGUAUGACUGAUCGAUCACGCUUAAAUUUCACUUGUCCUACAUGUCGAACAAAACUAGGUGUUACCAAUACUCAAAAGUAUUGUUCAACUACUGAUAUUACCAGUAAUAAUAAUAAUAAUAAUAAUAACAAUGGUAAUAUCAAUACUUACUGUUUACAAGAUAAACCAAAUAUCAAUUUAUUAUCAAUAGCUAGACCAGUGCUUGCACUGAAAUGUUUUAUAAAUUCAUUGCAAAUAUGUUGUGAAUAUGCUAAACGUGGAUGUACUACUAUUGAUAGUGUAGAAGCAAUACACUUUGGAAAUCAUAGACAUACAUGCGCUUAUGCACCAGUUGAUUGUGCUGGAUGCGGUAGGACACUGAAUAGAAUUGAAUUGGCUGCUCAUCAAUUAGGCUGUUUUGGUAUACAGGCUGAAUUAGGUGAAAUACGUGAAAAAAGGAGUAAAUCAUCUCAAGAGAUACAAACAACAACAACAAUGGAUGUUGGCAUUCAAGCUACAAUAUGCCUCAUACAUAAUAAUGAAAUUCAUCAGUCAGAUUGUUUAACAUCGAAACAAUCUAGAAUAUCAACAGUGAAAUUAUGUAAUUCAAGUGUUCAAACAUAUAAUGAAUAUUUAAAAAAGGCUACAUGUGAUUCUAUUGUUCAAACUGAUUUCAAUUACAAUGAAUCUUUAAUAAAAGUUGAUCAACAGAACUAUCAUAAUAAUAAUAAUAAUAAUAAUAGAAGUCUACAACUUUUAAAUAUCAGCCUAAUUAAACUUGUUCAUGCAUUACGUGUAGAGUUAGAGACAGCACAAAAAGAAUUAAAUAUGCAAAGUAUAAAAGACACUUAA